AUGGUGCCUGGCGUUCUUUGGUUAAACAGAACAACAGAAAAAGAGGCGACAGGAGAAAAUCCUUUUAAACUGGCUUUUGGAGCAGAAGCAGUGUUGCCGGUCGAGGUGGGUCUGCCCUCGUACCGAGUGAAAUAUCAGUUGCUUGACGCAAACGAACAAGCUCUCAGGGAAAGUCUGGAUUUCCUGCCCGAAAUAAGGCUCAUGGCAGAAUUGAAAACGGCUGCUUACAAAGACAGAAUCAGUAAAGCCUACAACAAGAAAGUUGGGAAAGGCCAUGAUGUCAAUGAUCUCGUCCUCAGAAGAACAGCUGCCACCGGAAAGCACAUGCUGAAGGGAAGCUAA